AUGGAAAUUAUGGAUGGAAAUUGUACUCAGCUGUCAAGCACAACAACAGAUUCAUCCAAAAUUAUUUCAUUUUUGUGUAUAAAAUUUUUCGCAAUCCUAAUUCAGUUAACUGGAAUACUAUUGAAUUUAUUUGUACUAUAUGCAUUGCUCAAUGUGAAAUUGGGAUCACGUUUAACAACACUACUAUUGAGUAAUCAGUGUAUAUUUGACUGUCUUAUCUGUACAUUUGCUUUGUUAAAAAUAUUGAAAUCAGAACGCUGGUAUACAGAUUAUAUCAUAAUUGAUAGUGUAUUAUGCUAUUUAUGGUUUAGUUAUACUCUAUUCUGGUUAGUAGUAUUGUUAAGUUUAAGUAAUAUGAUGUGCACAGCUUUGGAUCGGUUGGGUGCUGUUGUCUACAGUCGUACAUACCAACUGCGUCAAAAUAUCUACAUAAUCCUGGCAUAUACAAGUAUUAUAACCUAUUCAUUUGCAUUGAUCGCCAUUAAUCCAUUGUUAUUACAGUAUCGUGAUAAAAAGUGUUACGAUACAGUUAUAUAUGACAAAAAAUGGAUAUUUAUCUUGAUGAAAGUAGAUUCUAUACUAUGGCCAUGUCUUACAUACUUAUUUCCAUGUAUACUGACCAUAAGUGUGUAUGGCAAGGUUAUAAAUGUGCUAAGAAACUCGACAUUUUAUCGCCAAGUCAGCAGUAACCGUGGUGCUGAUGACAACAGUAACAAUGCCAAUUGUAAUCGUAAUCUCUCCACUCGUCAGAUUGUUAAACUAUCUAAUAAACAAAAGAGACAUCGGAAAAUCGCCCAAUCAUUAACAAUAGCUACAUGUAUUAUGCAAUCUGUCUUUCUUAUUACCCAUUCAUAUGACAGAAUUUAUUAUUUUCUUGGUAUACAUCAAUGGAUAUCCUAUCAGAUUGGUUGUACUACUCAUCUGUUUGGUUUGUGGCUUGUAACACUGAAUAGUUGUAUCAAUCCAAGUGCACUUAUAUUUACGAUUCGUCCAUUACAAGUAUACCUUAUACAAACAAUAAAUUAUUAUUGUUGUACAUGUUCACAGAAACUCAGUUUGACAAUACCAACCAUUUGUCCAAGUGAACAUUCAGAAACUCAUCUAAGUAAAAAUGAACUUGAAAUUAGAACAAGUCGAAUUGUAUCACAAUCAAGUACAAUAUCUAGAAAGACUUCCAUAUGA